GGUUUUAUCGGUUCUUCUUCCCGACCGGUACGUGUCGCACAUCGCACCUCAUCUGGUUCCACGCUUGUUGAUCUAAAUAUAACAGACCGUCGAUUGGGCGUCGCACUCCAGUUGAUCGGUCUCUGAACGCUGAUACUUACUGGACGAUAGGUGCGCCACGCGGCAGUGUCUUACAGUUUACGAGCACGAACGAGGGUGUUGUGAAGGUGUCGUUAAGAUGGCUGGAGAAACAAAUACGGAUUCGAGUGUAGAGCAAACGGUAUCUACGAAGCAGCAACCUGUGGCUGAACCAGCUGAAACGUCACCUGAACACGUGCCUGUUGCUUCCGCGGAAUUAGUGGAAGAUUUAAAAGACGCUCAAUCACAUGCUGUGACAGUGGUUGAGGUUCAGGAAGAAGCUGGGAAGGAAGUAUCGCUUGAAGUUGUUGCACCGAGCACGCCAGGGCCGGCGCAUGGUGAAGAGAAGGAAGCUUCCCGGGAAGAGUCGGAAGCUGUGCAACAAAUCGAAGCUGCUGUGCAAGAAUCCGAAAACGGUGUGAUGGAGCAGACAAAUGUUGUUCAAGCUGUGGACGAAGAAGAGCAGACAGAAUCUGAAAACAGAUCCACUGAACCGGAAUCCGUGAUUGCUACAACUGAAGAAGCCUCCAUUGCGCCUGUUGCUGUAACGGAAGAAGUAUCCACUGAAGCUACCCCUGCUCCGGAAGAACCAGUUGCUGCAACGGAAGAGAUUUCCACAGAACCUACUGCUACCCCGGAAGACGUCGCCAGUGAACCUAUUGCCGUAAAGGAAGACGUCUCUUCCGCUGCCACUGAGAAACCUACCACCGACCUGCCCGCGUAUCUGUACAAAGCGAUGGAGCAGGUGGCUAGUGAGCAGGGUUUUACCGCAGGACAGUACAAGAUCGAGUUUGACGUUGGAUCGAACAAGGGCGACGGUUUCGUGGGACAAAUGUUCAAAGCAUACCUCACCGAGGGUGACCGUCGGGAGGUGUUUUUGUGUAAAAUCCCACCGCUGAACGAAGCACGCCGCCGUCAGUUUCCCACGAUGACCAUAUUCAGCCGUGAAACGCUCGCUUACAAAACCCUGCUACCGGCUAUCUUCCGUUAUCAGGAAAGCAAAGGCGUUGCUCGGGAGGAUGGUUUCUUCAAUGUGCCCAGGUGCUACUACGCCGAAUGUGACGAAGCUACCGAAGAGUCGGUCAUCAUUAUGGAAGACUUGCGCUUGCAGGACUACCGCAUGUGGGACAAAAUGGUGCCCGUGAACUACGAGCACGUUAAGCUGACGAUGCAAUCAUUGGGCCGAUUGCAUGCGGUCUCGCUAGCGCUGAAACGGGACCGGCCAGAAGAGUUUGAACAGUUCAAAGUGGCGGACCCGCUGCAGGUGGUGAUGCCCGAGGGCGGCCCGAUGGCGGCGAUGAUGGUGCAAAUGCUGCAGGAUGCGAAGGAAACGCUCGAACCGCACGAAACGAAGGAACAAAGCAAGAUGCAAAAGCUCAUGGACAACUUUUAUCAGGAAAUGCUGGGUUGCACAAAUAGUACUACGCCGGAGCCAUACACUGUACUGGGCCAUGGCGACUGUUGGGUGAACAACUUUAUGUUCAACUAUAAGAAAGGAGCGCCAGAAAGUAUCGUCCUGCUCGACUGGCAGAUAACACGCUACGUGUCACCCGUGCUCGAUCUCGCCUACUUCCUGUUCUGCUGUACGGAUGAAGAGUUUCGCCGGCGGCACUACGACGAGAUGAUGAACGUGUACUACCACUCGCUCGCCACGCUGCUCGAGAAGCUUGGCCACAGCCCACAGGAAGUGUUCCCACGGACGGCGCUAAUGCGUCAGUUGCGGCGUUACGGCAGGUUCGGAAUUUUGAUGGCCAUCUUUCUGGUGCCGAUGCUGUGCACGCGCAACGAAGAUCUGCUCGAUAUGGACGAGGCGGCCGAAAGGUAUCGCGAUACGAACGAAAUGGAUUUGAACGGCAUGACUAUGAAUGCGAACAAACAGGCGUAUCGGACGCGGAUGAGUGCGGUGAUACGAGAUAUGGUGCGGUACGGGUAUCUGUAGAUGCGUGCUCCCCUUCUCCACAGUCCCGUGCACAGUGAGCGUGCAAUAACUGAAAGGUGACAUUGAUAGAUCGGCGUAGAAAUCUGAAUACUUACGUUGUUGUAAGGUAGGAAGAGUUAUAGUAGAUUUGCAGUAAAUAAACUCAUACUUGUGUUCCGGAAUCUAAUAAACAUGAUUGAUUAAUGUAACUGA